AUGCCUAACGACUGUAGACGUGCCAUCAAUUCUUCUGAAAUUAUAUACAAAACUCAACCUCCAAAUUUAAGAUUUGAAUUCUUAAAUGACAAUACAACAUUUCAAUGGGGAGAACUAGGGAUAUCAAGAAGUUACUUGAAAGGAAAAUUAAAUUUUGGUAAAAAAAUUAAUGUUAAUUUAAUCGAACUAACACUUAGAGGAAUUGAAGAGACAAAUUACGUCCCAGUUAGUGGACGCAUAAAGAAUAGAUAUUCCGGUUCUUAUAAAUUAACGGAAAAGUCUAUAAAAUUUCCUAUCGAGAGUAAAGAACCUCUCGAAUACUAUGAUUUCAAGUUUCCAUUAAAUUCAAAUUUAUCUAGUUCCUUCUUAAUCGCUGACAAAGAAAAAAAUGUAAAUGGCCAAAUUUUUUACAUCUUCAGUGCGACCGUUAAUGAGCAGACUAGUGGAUUUUUUAAUACUCAGAGAGAACUCUGCGAAAUAUAUUGUCCCCUAAGUCAAGUAUUACCUUAUUUCAAUACUCAUUAUAAAAGUGUGAAAGAUAGAUAUAUAGUCUCUAAUGAAGAGCUAUUCGAAUAUUGUUUUAAAAUUCCUGAAUAUCUCGGCCUUGGAACUAUAAUUUCCGUUCCUAUUCAAGUUACUUUUCUCGAAACUAGGGUUAAAAUAGUAAGGAUAGAAAUAUCCUUGAAAGAAGUUACUAGGCACACUUUUGAAAAUUAUGAUGAAUCUGUUAGGACUGAAAAAAGAUGUUGCACAUUUUUCGAAGAGCCGUCAAAGAUUUCGAAUAAUAGACUUGAACAGAGUCUUACUCUAAGAGUUCCGGAAGAGUUAAACAUCAGUUAUUCUGGUACCUAUAUUCAAAUAAAAUAUAAGCUUGGUAUAAAGUUUACUUUGGUUGGUGGCGGUAUUAAUAUCGGCAACGGUGAUUUUUAUAAAGAGCAAACUGUGAUAGUUGCAAGGUUUAAUAGUCCAAACAUUUCUGAUAAUUCUGGUAGCUUUGAUAAUUUAGAUAAUUUAGAUCAUUCUGAUCAUCGCAGCAAUGAUGUCGUCUCUGAAGCAGGACAUCCACAGGAGGAACGAAGUAGUCAGAGCGAAGAAAAU